AUGAUCGAUAUGGCGCCCUUCAUGAUCCCGGAUGUCCCGGACGAGCCCGAGUGCGACAUGAACGCCAUCGAUCUGCCUGAUCGAUAUGGGUUCGACACCAACUGUGAUGGGAUCGAUGGCGACAUCGCGCAGAGCGUCUUCGUGGCAUCUUACGGGGAUGACUCGUUCGAUGGUUCUCGCUUCGAGCCAAAGCGCACCAUCCAGGCCGCGCUCGAUCAGGCAUCGAUGGACCCGACAAAGACGUGGGUGCUGGUGCAAGAGGGGCUCUACGAUGGGCCGUUGACGCUGGUCGAUGGCGUGAGCAUCGCUGGAGGUUACGAGCUCGGCUGGGCGCGUGAUGGCGAUGGGUUCUCGACGCUCACCGGCGGAAACUCCGUCCUCAAAGGCACGCCCACGAUCCGUGGCACGGGUAUUAUCACUCCCACAUACCUGAUGAACCUCGAGGUUCGCCCUGAAGAACAGAUCCCUCCCGGAGAGAGCGUUUAUACAGUCGCCUUGCUCGACAGCCCCGCGGUGAUCCUCGAGCGCAUGUUUAUCCUCGGUGGUACGGCGGGCAACGGCCUCGAUGGUGCUCCCGGCGAGCCGGGUGAUAACGGCCCCCGAGGUGGCAAAGGUGGUGACGGAAAGGAAGAUGGUGGAGGGAGCGCGGGCGUUCAGAUCCGAAGCACACGCAUUGUGAUCGGCCAGGGCGGCAAUGGUGGUCGAGGAGGCAACGGCGGUCCUGGUGGUGACGGUGGUCCUGGCGGAAAAGGCGGUAAGCGUGAUGAUGAUGAUGGCCUCGGCGGCGACGGCGGCGACGGUGGAAAGGGUGGCCUCGGCGGCACGGGUGGCGGCGGCGCGGGAGGUCCUGCGUAUGGCAUUUACUCUGAUGCGACCAUGCUCGUGCCACCUGCCGAGAUGACCUACAUCCAGGGGCAAGGUGGCUUUGGCGGCGCGGGUUCUGGCCCCAUGGGCCAGGGCGCUCCUGGCGCGAGCGCAGACAUGCAGGUCGGAGAGGGCGCGCAGUGA